CGAGUCAGAACGACAGAGCGAGCAAACGAGUGCAGAACCACAGAGCGAGGAGGAGAAGAAAUGAGGAGAUUAGUGCUGCAGGAGGUGAUGCAAAUCGGGAAAAAAAAUGGACAUAAAUCUUUCAACACAGGUCGCAGAAGUAAGUUAAUUCUCUGGGUCUCGUCUUAGGAAAAAAAGGUUGAACUCUGGUUUCUUGUUUUGUGUGAGCACUUAUAAAAACCUGUAAAGAGAAACUAAAGAAGCUAAGGAUCACAGCUUCGGAGGUUCUAGAUGAGUGAAGAAGACACGGGGAAGAAAAAAAAAAGAGGCAUGUGGGAUAAUACUGAAGAGCAAACAGCACUGAGGGAUUCGAGGUGAAGUGGGACAAUGCUGGCCGAGCCCCAGGAAAAAGACACAGCACAUCGUUCUUGGUCCAAGCGAGCGAAAGCAGCAUGUCUUCUCCCGAUGGAGAGAAGCUGCACUGGGCCUCGCUGCUCUUCCUCAUGGCCAUCCUGCCCACCAUCGGUGGAAACAUCCUGGUCAUCCUGGCUGUGUCGCUGGAGCGCAAACUCCAAAAUGCUACUAACUACUUCCUCAUGUCUCUAGCUGUGGCUGACCUGCUGGUGGGGCUGCUGGUGAUGCCCAUUGCUCUUGUUACCGUGCUGUACAAUUCAGCAUGGCCACUUCCUGAGUUCCUGUGUCCCAUCUGGCUAUUCCUAGAUGUUUUAUUCUCUACAGCGUCCAUCAUGCACCUUUGCGCCAUCUCCCUUGACCGCUACAUCGCCAUCAAAAAGCCCAUUCAGCACAGCCAGUACAAUUCCCGAGCCAAAGCCGUAGCCAAAAUUGCACUCGUCUGGUUGAUCUCAAUAGGAAUCGCCAUCCCCAUCCCCAUCAAAGGACUAAAAGGCUCAAAUCAUGGAACCAACAUAACUUUCAACAGCAACCACACCUGCCUGCUGACAUUAGAGGGCUUUGGAGACUUUAAAUUGUUUGGCUCUCUGGCGGCCUUCUUCAUCCCCCUCAUGAUCAUGAUGAUUAUAUACCUGCUGACGAUCCAAGUGCUGCGAAAGAAAGUGUAUCUCCUUCGAUCAAGGGCAUGUCAGCGAGUCAACAGACCCAUGGUGUGUACGGUCUUCCAAAGAGAGCACACGGUUCCAUCAUCACCAGAGAAAAUCAGCAUGUUGGAUUCUAUCAAAAAGGACCAAAUACUACAGCGAACACACCCCAUCACAGGGGACGAGAUUCCCAUUCGGAGACUGUCAACCAUGGGAAAAAGAUCUAUACAAAACCUGAGUAAUGAACAGAGAGCCUCAAAAGUCCUGGGGAUUGUCUUCAUGUUGUUUGUAGUCAUGUGGUGUCCGUUUUUCAUCACCAAUGUGACAUCGGUUCUGUGCGAGAGUUGUAACGUCAAACUGGUGGAGAGACUUUUGGACAUUUUCGUGUGGGUUGGUUAUGUUUCUUCGGGCGUCAACCCUUUAGUCUACACACUUUUUAACAAGACUUUCCGGGGAGCCUUUACACGUUACAUCAUGUGCAACUUUGGCACCAAGAGAGCGUCGAGAAUGCAGCGCAGGAACCUGACCAAAAUCACUUUCCAGUCUUCUGUUACGGAAAAUUCCAAAUUGUUUAUGAAGCAUGGGAUGAAUGGCAUUGGUCCUGUAGGGUAUCAGAGUCCUUUGCGAAGACGACCCACAAAUAUUCAACCCUCCAGUGGGGUCAUGCUGGAUACUCUUCUUCUCACAGAAAAUGAGGACCGCAAAACUGACGAGGGAGUCAGUUGUUUAUAGCAAGCUUUGAUACAUAAAUACAAAUAAACUAAGAAAAUACUACCAACAAAAAACUGACUUACAAUGCUCAUUUUGGCUCCUACAUUUGACAAAAUUGACCCGUAUUCAUUUCACCCUUUGGCAAAUAGAAAAAAAAAAAAAGAUUAUGUCUGAAAUUUUCAGCACUUUUAAACGAUGGUAUUCAAUACUGGAAUAAUAUGGAUGGAGGCAGGAUUGUGGAAAACAAGGAAUGUAAAGAAUGCCAGCUAUCUUUAGCAUGCAUAAAACACACACUGAACAACUGUAUGAAUGUCAUGGCUUAAUGGGAGCAUACAAAGGUUUUUCCUGGUUAUCUUGUUGAUGUUAAAGGUCUCAUUUAUGCUACUUUCAAUGAUUGAUACUGGAAUAAGAGAAACAUGCUCGGUAUUUCUCUCCAUGUACAGGCUGCUUAACCCGUGGAGUCAUCUUAGGGUUAUUGUAUUCGAGCGCUUAAACAAUUCCUGAACAUAUUCAUGGAGGUAACAUGGUUCUCAUUAAAUCUUCUGAUCAAAUUGUAAGCUUUAAAAAUGUUCACGAAGAACAGGUAAAGGUGAGAUCUAAGGCUGGGGAGAUCUUAGGCGGCUUUGAACCAUAACACUCUUAUCGUUUUUAGGUAGUACUUGCUAACUAACUAGCCGAGCUUGCUGUCUAGAGUAGAAUCACCAUCAGUAACGCAGAUGAAGUAAAGGUUUUCUAAAUUCUGGUGAGGAGGUUGUUUGCCUUUACUGUAGCUUUGGAGGCUGAAAAUUAAUCUGAGAUGCUUGUGUGACUUGACUGCAUGUGGCUACAGUUAAAGAGAGUUUCAAUUAAAUCCCAGUGAAAAAUACACACAUUUCCUUACUAACAAGAUUUAACAUUUCUUUUUCCGCCAAGUUUAUUUUCCUCACUUGUCCCCCAACUCGUGACCUAAACGGGCAACAGAUUAAAAAGGUACUUGACGUCAAUUGGCAAGUUUCUGCAAUGCUGAAAAUUUUUUCAAAUUUUUAAAGCUCACACUGUCUCCAAAAACGUUGUGAAUGUGUAUUGCGUUUUUCGCAACCAUUUUGCAAACAAAGUGUGGAAGCAGCCUUACAAACACCUUAAUAAAACAAGGAUUGUGGCAUGUGAUAACUAAAUUAAGCAACAAAAAGCAGAACAGUAGUUAUUGCUUGUUGUGGAUUUUAUAUGGCUUUAGAAAGCCUGCAAUUCAAAACAAAAGAAGAAAAUAGAUGAUCAUUCUGUAAUGGUUGAAUGAGUUAGUCCAUUUUGGGGCCUUGAUCAGGUUUGAUAUCACCUGUUGAGUGAAUGUAAUGAUGUGAUAAACUCAGAUGGUCACUCAGUUGGACUAUAAGCAGCCUAUAAAUCUUCUAAUGAUGGACAUGCUACAAAAUCAUUUAUAAUAGAAGGACUAAAUGAACAAAAUGGAACAAGUGUAUUGAAGAGAUCAUUUUCACCUUCUCAUAACUCACUCAAAUAUUAUAAAUAUGCAAACUCAGAUCUUAAAUGAGAAAUUUCGUGCCAAAUAAAAAUUUUCAUAAAAUACUGGAUUUUUCAUAAAAAUGGAUUUCUGCAAUUUGAGAAUGUACGUGUUAGAUUCUGUGAAAUGGGAGGAGCUAGUUUCAACCAUUUGCUGGUUAUUAUUUUCCUCGUGUACCAAAACACUGAAGCACAAUAUUGUUUUUGGAUGCAUAUCAUGCAGAAAUUCUGAGCAUUCACAUCACAAAGGUGAACUUAAUUACAGUGUACCAUUCCACUGAGAUCAGCUAGAUUGCACAUAUGAUGUGGACUGAACCACAGUUUGGUAGAAGUGAGCCCCAGACCACUGUCUUUGAGAGGACAAGAGACUCUGGAGCAAUCCCAGGUUGGAACAGUGUUCACACUUCACCAAAUGUACCAAACUCUCAGGGCAAAUGGCACUAAUUCCAGGAACACACACAAGUGAAAAAAAAAGCUUAAAAUAAUUACAAUUGGCCUUUAAUAUAAGAUAGCACAAAGACGAUAGAGUUUUGUUUAUUCCAAGUAAUGGGUGUCAACACAUGUUCAUUACAAAAUCUAGAUAUAGUUAAUUCAGUUUCUCUGGCCAUGAUACAUCAUGUCCUGUCACUUUUCCUAAACAUGAGCAAUAAAAGCACAUGACUGAGCUGAACUGCUGCUGCGCUAGAGGCUCUCUAAACACAGCAAAGAUUUACAUAGACUUUAGAUCACUCUCAAACAAUCAUGAGAAUAUCAUAUGGCCUUUUUAGGGCCUAAAAUAGUUGCCCAUUUCCUUUGUCUGGCCAAGAACAAAUAUCUGAAGUGGAAAGUCACUAAGAAGGAUAAAACAUUGACGAGAAGUAAUACUGGACGAUGUGUAAAUGUAAAAAGUUUAUUUCAAUCAAACGCGUGUCACAUUAACAGGCAGGCUGGCAAGGAGAUCAUAGAUAGGAAAAAGUCUUAUAAUCCCAUGAUGACAGCAAUGCCUUCUAUAGACAAGCUGAACAGAAUAGAACAUUGGCUGAAUUAGGAAAGCACGGUUUUUAAUAAAAUGCAAUGAAGCAUGGCCUCAAAAAAAAAAAUUCGAUCCUUAACAAAAACCUAUCAAAACACUAACGCAAGGAGACCCAAGAACCAGUGUAAAUUAUUGCCAAAAUGUUUCUCUUUAUUAAUGCAACGUAGCAAAACUUAAAAUUAUAAAAAUCUUUCCAAACGUUCCAUAUGGCAUCCUAAUGUGCCCAAAACAAGGUAUUCAUCAAAAAUUUGUGAAGGACUAGCUACAUAAAAUUCCCUUCUUUUUUUUUUUUUUUUUUUUAAAAGAUAUGCAUAAGUGAACAACAAGACUAAAAAAGGUAAACAGUGAACUUUUACAUGCUUAAACAGUAAUGCAAGUCAUAUAUUAGACACUAUCGUCAUUUCAAUAAUCAAAUCUGUGGUGAACUCUUCUUUCUCUAUAAGUUGCCUUAAAAGUUUCAUGCAGCACCCUACAACAGAGAACUUUCUGUUCAGUUAGGAUUCCAAAAAAGCUAAAUACAUUAACUAUCCCAAGAAACCGUAUGGAAGCAUUCUUACUUAAAGAGGGCUGA